GUAUCCAACUUAAUGUAAUUUAAGUAGUGUUUAUUGAAUCAACUAAUAAUUGCUAGAGAAAAUAAACAACUUAGAACAAUUACUCUUUUCGAUAAAUUUGGAUAACAUAAUAUGAAAACGAAGAAUACCAAAAAUCUGAAAAUCUGCGUCCUCUCGAAUAAAUAAUUUAGAUAUUCUCCGAACACACAAUACAUAUUCAUAACAAUCUAGUCUCCAUGACGUCAAUCACUUCAAGUUCACAGAUUAUGAAGUACUUCAUAUAUAUUUCGAUCUUAUUCAGCUGUGAGCUUUCUUUUUUGCUUUUCAAAUGCAACGUCAACAUUGCAUACUACUUAUUUCCAUGACAGCAUUACUAAAAUUAUCUGUGAAUUAAUGCAGAUGGAUGCAACUGACUCACCUAGUUCGAAAAGCGUAAUGCUACUUAAAUUAACUAAACAUAGCAUUACUCCUGGUAUCUAUAAUGGUUUACAUAAUUUUUAUUCUAGUGAUAACAAUCCAUUAUUUUUCAAUAUUAUUUGUUUUUACUAUGAUAUCUUACUGAUAUGAACCUCUCAAUCCUUUACUUUAAAUAUCUAUAGGUAUAUCGUGAUGAUUGAAAAUUUUCAAAGCGUGUUUUGUAUUAAGCUCAUUAGUUUACGACUGUAAGAAAGGAUAAGAAAAUCACUUAAGUUUUACUAUGCUUUACAUGUAUUAAAUUGAGUUCUUUUGAAAAAUUUUCAUCAGAAUUUUCCGUUUUAGUAUGGAAAUUUUUAUAAACAGGUAUUCUGUGAAGGUUAUUUACAGUGCCCACGAAAAGGACAGUGGUGCUCUUGGUCACCAAUCAUUCAACACUGCACACGUAAUUGUGGACCACGUGGGAUGGGAUUAAGAUUGCGCCAGUGUGCUUGCCCAAAACCGUCGCAAUAUGGUGCGGACUGUGAAAUACCACCAGAGACAGCAGAAAUGGCAGUUAAUCUGUCAGUUAAUAACAGUACUGACGCUCCAACGGGAUCUGCACUCGAAGCAAUACUUAAAGGUGAAGGAUUAUGGGAACCAUGCAACCGUCAUCAUUGUUCAUAUUUAAAAACAUUAAACACUGAAGAAGAUUUAUUAUUAUUGGAGGAUUUAAAUCUUCAAAGAGCAGAAGAUGCCUGGAUAUCAUCAGGUGGUCUACCACAGAGAAUUCAUGGUCCCUUAAAACUUUUCUGUCCAUCAUCACGUAAUUCUCGUAAGAAAAUAUUCGAUAAAUCUGAACGCUUUCCAAAAUCCAAGUUUUACUGGACUCGUUCAAUUCCCACUUCUUCAAAAGAACCCUAUUAUAUUCCGGGAAUACCAAUAAAAAAUUCAAAUCUAUUUAUCGUUGAAAAUGAUCACUUGACUAUUCAUAGUUUAGACCCAUCGACUAUGGGGAUUUAUCGAUUUGGUUACGAGUAUGAACCUGGCUAUUUCGAAACAAUUUGCUUUUUUCCUGUUUAUAUUCAUCAAUGGCAACAAGUAUUAUCUCAUGGAGAAACAUUUGACUUAGUUUGUAAUUCAUUGGGAUUAUGGCCUAUUAUAAGUAAAUCUACCACAACAAAAUGGUUCGUUUAUUGGAACGUAACUUUAUUGGAAAAAGAAGAGCAGAAUGAUAUAGAAAAGCAUAAAUUAUGGUGGUAUACAGAACUAAAAAAUCCUCAUAUCAAUAAACAUGAAGGAAAUAAUUCAUUUGACAAUCAGACUGAUAAUCCAACAAUUUUCGGAACACAAUUCACAUUAUGGGAUACAGAAUAUCAGAGACUGUAUGAUACUGUGAAAAAAAUGACAGGAUAUUAUGAAUGUCAUAUAUUUAAUCAACUUAAUUCCACAUAUAAUCGAACAUUUAUCACGCAAUCAAUUCAUCUUAUAAUAAAAUCACCUCCAAAUAUAUGGACUUUAGUGAAAGGCUGGUGUUUACAGCAUCAAAUAAAUUUAAUAAUAUUAUUUUUGAUAAGUAUAAUAACAAGUCUUUCAUAUGCAACUUAUAAAUGGACAAUAGCAAAGAAAUUAUCAAAACUAGAAAUUCAAAUGAAUGAAACAAUAAAGCAUAGACAAAGUACCAAUUUUGAUGACAUUUACAUUAUCAACUAGUUUCGGCUACUUGGUAACAAACAUGCUUUAAUGCAAUCGACAUGAAUUCAGUUUGACUGAGUUUGUAUGAAAGUAACACUUCAAGAGCAAUUAUACUGCAUAAAUAACGUAACAACAGGAGAGCUAAAUAAACUAUUAUCAUGAAAGGUAAUAUCAAAAUGUAGAAAUGUGUUAAUACAUUAAUUGCUUACAUAGAAAAUGUAAUUUUCUUUACAAAAAUAUGC